AUGUUGUUAACCCCUGUACUUCCAUUUCCAUUCAUUUCAGUCCCCAGAAACUUCCAGAACCUAAAAUCCCCGUCAUUCUUCCUAAUACGUUCCUCAUCGUCGCCGUCAAUGGACACCAAUCCACAACCGAAAAAGGUAGCAGUCUGCGGCGGCGGAGUAAUCGGAGUUUGCACCGCCUACUUCCUAUCCAAAAACGGCGCAUCCGUAACUCUAAUCGAACAAUCCUCCGUCGCCUGUGCCGCCUCCGGUAAAGCCGGUGGUUUCCUCGCUCUAGAUUGGUGCGACGGCGGUCCCGUCGCGUCUCUCGCACGCGCCAGCUUCAAUCUACACCGCUCACUCGCUCAAGAGCUUAAUGGAUCAGAAUCAUACGGUUAUCGUCCACUCACUACUCUAAGUGUCUCUGUCACCGAAUCAUCAUCAUCAUCAUCGUUAUCAUCAUCUUCGUCAUCGUCGAUCCGAACUGGGCCGAUUCCGUCUUGGGUCGAUGGCCCAGCUAAAAGCCCACGAACAAUUGGAUCAACUGACAGUACGGCCCAAGUCCAUCCAGAGAUGUUUACGAAAACGCUACUGUCGAAAGCGAUGGAGGAUUAUGGAGUUGAGCUUGUGAUUGGUAAAGUAGAGAGAGUGGAAAUGGCGGAGGGGAAAACCAGAGGAGUGGUACUGGAAGAUGGGAGGGAGAUUGGUGCUGAAGCAGUUGUGUUGGCACUUGGGCCUUGGAGUAAGAGAUUUUCUGUUUUGGGCUCGCUUUUCAGGGUUUAUGGAAUUAAAGCCCAUAGUAUUGUACUGGAACCGAAAGAAGCCAAUAAGAUCACGCCACAUGCACUCUUUCUCACUUAUUAUCCGGCCCAAGGUGGAAAGCCCAUGGACCCAGAAGUAUAUCCUCGUCCAACAGGGGAAGUUUAUAUAUGUGGAAUGUCAGCUCAGGCAGAGGUUCCAGAUGAUCCAGAGCAGAUAACUCCAGUUCCUGAAUCAAUAAACGCGCUUAAGAGAGUCGCUACUACUGUGUCAAGCCAUUUAGUUGAAGGGGAAGCGGCUGUGAAGGCUGAACAAGCGUGCAUCUUACCUUGCAGCGAAGAUGAUGUGCCAAUUAUCGGAGAAGUUCCUGGAUUUAAAGGCUGUUAUGUGGCAACUGGACAUAGCUGUUGGGGAAUUCUCAAUGGACCUGCCACUGGUGCAGCUAUGGCCGAACUCGUUUUGGAUGGACAUGCUAGCAUAGUUGAUCUUAGUCGAUUUGACCCCGGAAGAUUUGCCAGCGCUCUGAAGAAGUAAGAUGUCUAUACACAAAUCAUCUAAAAGAGGAAAGAUGGCUUCAGAAACUUGGCACUGCAAGAAGCAAAGAGGUAAUUUGUUGAAUGAAGAACUUGUAGUUGUCAAGUGUUCUGAAACUAUUAUCCCCACAGUAAAUAUCGAGUCUGUCCAAGAAAAUAAGGUCUUUAUGUAGAGACGGACUCAGAAUUUGAAGUUUUUGUAUUCG